UUGCAGUGGAAUAAACCAAAGGAGGACGCGUUCAAGCAGUCCGUUGCACAAGCAGCUACAGAUCAUUGCUUGACAGGUAGCAACUGUCAAUCAGCGGAAACCAGGUAUUGACUACUUGUCGAUUUAUUGCUUUACUGAUUGAUUGCUUGAAGAAUGGAUGGAUGCUUAAUUCUCCAUUGACUCAUUUCUUGACAGUUUAACUAAAUUUGUGAUCGUUUCAAUAUUUUGAUCCGGAGAUUAAUAAAGUAGCUGUGAAGUAAGGAAUCGGCUCAAAACAACAACAACAACAACAACAAUAUAUCAUAAUAAUAAUGAUGAUGAUGAUGAUGAUGAUGAUGAUGAUGAUGCUGAUACAUUGUAGUUAUGAUAAAUAUAAUAUGAUAAGAAGUAACAAAAAGACAACAAAUCCACUCCCAUUUUAAGCUCUCGACGCAAACGCAGAUCAGCGGGAAGCCUGGUCUUCACAGAGAACCAAGUACACGUGUUGCCUGGUUACCCAAAACAGAUUUCAGUGAGUCCACUCCUGGCGAACAUUUCAUUUUACAUACAGUCUCCAGCUGGAUCGUCGUUUACCGUCAUGCCGAAAGCUGUCGUGGUUGCCAUUGUUCAGAGUUCUCUGGCAAGCAUUUCAAGCGCCCUUAAUGCCAACAUUUCAAGUGUACAAACGCUUUUUGCAGACACAACGACAGCGACAUCUUCAACUCCGCCGAUUACAACCGCCACUACACGGGUGUUACCUACGGAGAAAGAAAGCAAUAUGAAAUAUAUCAUUGCUGGUUGUGUUGCUAGUGGGCUGGUGAUUAUCAUCAUUGUCGUAAUCCUUGUGUGGUGGUGCAAUAAGAAAAAAAGGUACCUGUGA